AUGAGGAAAGAUAUCGAACAUUUCGUACAGCGGACAUGCCGAUGCAUAAAGCAAAAACAACCAAGUCGUCACACCGUGGCACCCUUACACCCGAUCGUUACAACAGCGCCCUUUCAGAUGAUAUCAAUCGAUUUUAUGCACCUAGAACAGAGUUCAGGCGGAUACCAAUACAUACUCGUAGUGGUUGAUCGUUUCACCAAAUUCGCCCAAACAUCCACUACCAGAAAUAAAAAGGGAAAAACUGUCGCAGAUAUUAUCUUUAAUGAUUUUGUCCAGCGGUUCGGAUCUCCGGAAAAAAUACACCACGACAUGGGCGGAGAAUUUGAGAAUGAGUUAUUCAAACGUCUGGAACAGUUGUCUGGAGUGAUGCAUUCACGAACAACUCCUUAUCACCCCCAAGGAAACGGAUUGGUCGAAAGGAUGAAUCGAACACUACUACAGAUGCUUCGAACUCUCCCCGAAGCUUACAAGUCUCGAUGGAAAGACCACCUCAGCAAACUGACACACGCAUACAACUGCACAGUCCAUAAAUCGACAAACUACUCCCCGUUUUAUUUGCUCUUUGGAUGUAGCCCAAGAUUACCGAUCGAUUUGAUAUUUGACUUACCACGAACAUCCGAUACGACAUCGCACUCGGACUAUGCAUCAAAAUGGAAGACUGCUAUGCAACAAGCCUACACAGUCGCACACAAGGCGACUUCAAAGAAUGCGGCGAAGGGUAAGAAGAAUUACGAUCGACGAGGUUCAAGUCUUGAACCGGGAGAUCGCGUGCUGGUACGCAACCUCACGUCUAGAGGAGGUCCAGCUAAACUUAGAUCAUAUUGGGAGGAAGUUGUACAUGUUGUUGAAUCGCGCAAAGGUUCGGACAGUCCAGUAUAUGAAGUGAAGCCAAAGUCAGGUCAUGGUCGAAACCGCACACUUCACCGUAAUCUCCUAUCACCAUGUGAUUUCCUUCCGGUUGAAAAUUGGCCAGAAAUCGAGCGGACAGUUAUUAAAAGAGUUCCCCCCCAGAAGUCCCAUCUCAAAACCCGGCAACGAAGAAACAGACGAAGAAGAGAGCGUAGAUGAAAGUGAAGACGAAAUUCGCAUUACUUGGAACACUGACCAAGUUAAUAAUGCUGCAGCCGCAGAUUUCGUUGGUGAACCGAGCACAGACAUCGCCGUAAAUGAAGCAGAUGGUCGCGACGCUACAGACGAGCCUCGUGCUGAUGAUGAAAACCAGGAAAUAACUGGAGAUGAACAGGCUAUAGAAAACUCUACAGACGAUGAACAAGAAGAAGUACGUGAUGUGCGUUCGCAACGAAACAGGCAACCGCCCCAGAGAUUAACUUACCUCGACCCAGGGAACCCAGCUUACCUUAGACCAAUCUGCAGCGAAGUCGCCAAUCGAUAUUACCCCAUGUCACCACACUUACCACCUAUGCCACCAUACCUACCACCUAUAGCACCAUAUCUACCACCACCUAUACCACCAUACCUACCACCACCUAUGACACCAUACCUACCGCCUAUGCCACUCCUAGUACCUACUCCAAGCGAAGUACAACCCUUUGGAUCAGUACCUCUAAAGUGGCUUCCUAUACCUUGUCACCCGUAUACGUGUUCCCCUGUGAUGCCUCCGAACUGGCAAAACCCACCUUUCCCCUACCCUACCCAAUCCAGUCAUAUUAAACUUAUACCUUAG